ACUAUAUUUACCGACCUGGUAACCGUGGAUGACAUUGAACAUAAAGUAAAAAAAAAAAAUAAACAAGGUUAAGUGCUCAUAUUAAGAAAUAUUUGUAAUGUAUAAUAAUUCAAGCGUAGACGAUGGCGACAAAAGCGCCGAGAUGAAAAGUGGAUAUGACCUUCCGGUGUACGGACUUGCUAAUGGAAUAUUUUAUUAUAUCCAUAUUCCAGCGCUAAUUUGCAUUUUCAGCAGUCUUUGUUGUGUUAUUAUUGUUCUGACAUUGUCAUUUCGACACAGGAGCUACAGGACAUUUUUUUCCUGGACGAAGAGCGAGCGUUUUAUUGUAUAUCUGGCAAUCUGUGACGGUGGGUUUAAUAUAUUUCACAGCGUUGAUCAUCUCCAUUACGUCAUAGUCAAGGACCAUGUACACCCAAAGGAACUUUGUGAAUUUUACGCCUUCACUCUCACUGAAUUUAUAACGGCACAAAAUUUGAUGGUGAAUAUAGUUGCUAUCAACGCUUUCAUGUUGAUGUAUUUCCAUAAAAAUCUUAACUUUGGCAAACGAGAUUGGAAAUUAUUGACCUGGACUUUCGGUGUACCGUUUGUAGGGGCAACAGCCGCCGCAAUCAGUGGACAGUUUGGACCGAGUGGAUCUUUUUGCCAUUUUGACGUUGUGAAAGGGGGAACGGCAUAUAUAUUUUUCACAACGGUACCUUUGCUCAUUAUCAUUGCUAUGAAUAGCGUCAUGUACGUUCUCACUUGGAAACGUAUCAGACAAGAGACUUCAAGUCUAUGUGAGACGUACAAAAGCGUCCACAUGAUCAACAAAUCAAAACGAGCAGCAAAGACAAUGACGAUGUUUGUCGUAGCCUUCUUUAUUCAGUGGUUUUCGCUGGCAGUGUUUGGAGUGUGGGUUCUGAUCGAUCCGAAUGUUCCACAAGCUAUGAUUCAUACCGUUACCAUAUUUUCCAACAUUGGUGGAUGUUUGAAUCUCUGUGUCUACAUCAUCAUGAGGCGAAGGUCCAGGGCUGAAAAACACGAAGAUAGGAAGGAGAAAAUAAUCGAUUCAAAUGAGUUAAAAAGCAAAUCUUCUGACUCAGGGCAUGUGACAAAGUCAACAGAAUUAAGUCAAAGUAACGUAUAGCAAUACUGCUGUUUGAUUAUUUUCAGAGGAUGAACGUGAAUUAAUAGAGAGAUGCUCGAGCGAACGCGUUGUUAACACACCUUUUUACAUAUGCGAAUUCCCUUGCAAAGAGUAAUCGUAUUACGUCCCUAAAACGCAUAAUUCGAAACAGAAGACAUCAACGUGAUCAAACAACGCUGACAUUCUCGGGCUUAUCAUGAACAGUUAUUGACGUUGAUGGAUAACAAAUUAUAUGAGCCGUGCCAUGGGAAAACCAACAUAGUGGGUAUGCGACCAGCAUGGAUCCAGACCAGCCUGCGCAUCCACGCAGUCUGGUCAGGAUCCAUGCUGUUCGCUAACAGUUUCUCCAAUUCCAAUAGGCUUUAAAAGCGAACAGCAUGGAUCCUGACCAGACUGCGCGGAUGCGCAGGCUGGUCUGGAUCCAUGCUGGUCGCAUACCCACUAUGUUGGUUUUCUCAUGGCACGGCUCAUAUGUUAGCUUUUAUAUUGUCUCAUUUACAUAUUUGUUUCGUAUUAACAUCAGCAGAAUUCAUCGGGAUACAUCUGCAUCAACCAGUACUUCUGUAUUAUGGAGACGUUAUAGCAUGAAAACAUGCGUUAUCUCUACAGAGCUGUCUAAGUCUAGAUGCGAUAUUGAUAGAAGUGACACAUUUUGAGAGAAUUAUUCUUUUUAUUUUGUUCUUUCAUACGAGGGUUGAUCCAAAAGUAAUGUCACUGGAGCCAUAAAAAUGGGUAUAGUUAAACGAAAACAACAAAAACUCCUACUUGAGUACCUUGAUCUAUUUGCAUUUUAUUUUGAAAACAUUAUAAAAAUUUGCCGCUUAAUUAUCGAAAUAUCGACAUGCACAGAAAGCAUGGUAUUGAAGAUCGCAGCACGUCAAUGGCAUUAUUGACAUCAGAAAUUGAUAUGUUUGUUGACAAGCAAUAACGGCUAAUUUGUAUAAUAAUACAACGUUGAAUAAUGCGCAAUGGACGAAGUGACAUUAUUUCUGGAUGAACCCUCGUAGCUACGGGUAAAUUUGGUUGAUUUUACUAAUACAUUUAAAUAUUUUA